AGGAGCUUCAAAACUUUGUCUAUAUAAAGGGUCCAAAAUGAAUGUUUUUAGUAUAUUCAGAUCAAGGUUAAGUAUUAAGAUGGUUGUUGCACAAAACAAACGUGUUCUGCUUGUGCUUUUCUUCCUCCUCUGCUUCAUCUCUAUCCAAGCUAGAGCACGAGCACUGAAAGAAAAAAGCAACAUAGCUAGCUCUAAGGAUGAUAGAACAGCUCAUCAUAAGGAAGAGCAAGAUCACAUGUUUAAGCCAAAAAAAGGUGAAGACAAUGUGGAUAAUGAAGUGUUCUCAAUGGAUUACACUCCAGCUAGAAGGAAGCCACCGAUUCAUAAUUGAAUUAUUUGCAAUUUUGCUCUAUAUUCUAUGCUAGGAAGUAGGAACACUGUAUAUGCAUUAGUCUUGCAAAUUUAUAACAUUGUAAUUACACAAAGGACAAAGUAAUAAAAUCACCCUAAGUCUUUCUUUCCUACACAAAAUACAAGGGUUGAUGGAAAAUGAAAAAAAUAAGUCAGUAUAAUAGAAUAAUAACAGGUCCUAGUUGUUCAGAAUAUUCAAAAUAAGAAGGAAUGAAACAGAGUAUGGUGCAGUAUAUUUUAUCUCUUUUCAUCAAAUAGGUCACUUUUUCUUUCCUUCUACUUUGAAUCCUUGAUAGAUAUGAAAUAGAUCCAACUUUUUUCUUCA